UAUGUACGUCGCGCGCACUGUACUAUCGCGCUGAUAUUGACGUAGACGAUUGACGUUCAAUCCGACGGAGGGACGUAGUGCAGGUCGAAGGAGGUGUUUCCAGUGGACGUACAUUCCGUAGCUUUUCCCCGGGAGAAAGAUCGUGCGCUUACGCUUUGUCAAUAAUGGACGCAUUUGGUGACAAUUUCGUGAACGAGCCCGAGGUGGACCCAGCAGCGGAGUUCCUAGCGAGAGAGCAGGAUCAGCUAGCUGGUUUGGAGGAAGACAUUACGCCGAUGGCUGUGACUCUGGCUGCAGCAGCAGCAGCGGGAGGUCAAUCUGAUGAUGACUUAUCUGGAAAAUUCGGAAAUCUAAAAGUUGGCCCAGGCGGCGAUGCUGAAGGCAGUUUUGAAAUGGUAGAUACCAUUGGACAGCCCGCAGAGGGACAAGCAGCACCAGCAGAACCAGCUGUACCUGCACCGGUCAAAGAGGAGCCUGAAAAGAUCAAGAAGUGGAGAGAAGAACAGAAGGCACGGCUGGAAGAGAAAGACGCGGAAGAGGAAAAGAAAAGGGAGGAAUGGAGAGAAGCCGCGAAGAAAGAGUUGGAGGAAUGGUACAAGCAUCACGCAGAAGCUAUUAAUAAAACAAAAACCACUAACAGGGAAUCAGCCAAGAAUGCGGAGAAGCAGUUCGUUGCGGAGGCAGACGAGGUCGAACCAGGCACCGAGUGGGAACGCAUUGCCAAGCUAUGCGAAUUCAAUCCCAAGUCGUCACGCACAUCCAAGGACGUUUCCCGAAUGCGUUCGAUUAUCUUGCAAUUAAAGCAGACACCGCCCACUCCCAUUAACGCUUGAUUAAAUUGAAUUGGAGCUAUCUUCGUAAUUAGGCACUGAGGAUAUGAGUAAAUAAGAAAAAAAAGAAAACUAAGUAAAUAACGCACGUCGUGUGGCCACGCCGAUAUUAACGAAAGAACACUCAUAAAUGUUCUGUUAAAAAUUAAGUAUGUAAUAUUAUUGUGAAUAAUAAAGAUUAUUGAUAA